AAGAUGGAAAGACAUUGUUGAAUGUUUCCGGCUUGAUUAAAAUGCCUUCGAUUUGACAUGACGUCUCGAUGAUGUCACAUUAACUUCACGGUCUGAAUUCAUAGAUGAAUAAUAACUUUCAGACGGUAUAACAGUCGGACAAGGAUACAACAGUCUCUAAUCGAUAUCAGAUAAACUUUGUGUUGCGCACUGUGGUGCGCAAUCGCAUGCGUUUAACGGUGCCAUGAAGGUAAAGGUGAUCUCCAUACUGGAGGACAACUACAUGUACCUGGUGAUUGAGGAGCAGAGUAAACAGGCCAUAGCUGUGGACCCUGCUGUACCACACCGGCUGCUAGAAAUAGUGAAGAGAGAGGGCUUGUCUCUGAAAGCUAUCCUCACCACACACCAUCACUGGGAUCAUGCUCGGGGGAAUGAGGCUCUGUUGAAGGAGGUUCCUGGGCUGAGGGUGUAUGGGGGAGACGAUCGGAUCGGGGGUCUGACUGAUAAAGUCACCGACGCCCAGGAACUCAAGUUUAUCUCAAUCAAUGUGAGGUGCCUAUUCACUCCCUGCCAUACCUCUGGGCACAUGUGCUACUUUGUUUGGGAGGAUGGGUGCACUGAUGCGCCUGCUGUGUUCACAGGGGAUACAUUGUUUAUUGGUGGAUGCGGGCAGUUUCUUGAGGGCACGGCAGAACAGAUGUUCCACAAUCUCACCCAGGUGCUGGGCACCCUACCUCAAGAUACGAAGGUGUUCUGUGGACACGAGUACACCAUUAAGAACCUGAAAUUUGCCAUGCUGGUGGAGCCAGAGAAUGAAAAGGUUAAAGAGAUGCUGAGCUGGGCCAGGGCGAGAGAUGAAGAUGACAAACCCACAGUGCCGUCUACCCUAAUGGAGGAGUUUGAGUACAACCCUUUUCUUCGCCUCUCAGAGGAAGGAGUACAAAAGUACACUGGAAAGACAGACCCCAUAGAGGUGCUGAGGGUUCUGCGGAAGGAGAGGGACACAUUUAAGAAGCCAAAGCAGAGACUUCCUCCCCAUGCCAUGUUGGCUUUGGAGUGGGGGCUUCUCAGACCCUGAGAUCCAGUUUCAGAGAUCUAAACAUACUCAACUAUCAAGGAGAGAUGGUUUGAAUGACUAAAUGCAGCAAGACACAACUCUGUAGAGUGUUAUUCGUUGCUCUAACCCUCAAUGUAAACCGAUGUAUACUGCUGGGAACCUGGUUGACCCUAGUGUGUGUUGUUUUAGUAAUAAUGAAACAAUGACUGCACAAUAAGCCAGUGUAAAGCUGCUUUCCUUAAUUAUUCCUUCAAGCUAAA